AUGGGAUAUCGUUGCUUAAUUUUUUUCAGCAGCGUUAUCUCUAUAUGCUCAUUGACUUUACUAGGAGGAGCCCUUCUGUAUGGGCACUACGCUAUCCGCCAAUUCGCUCUCAAGAAUUUGCGUGAAUGCGAGAUUAGGGUCCACUAUUCGCCAUUCGGCACAGCGCGGAAUAGAACUGCUCGGAAACCGCGCUAUUCUUCUUACAACGCUGCUGUUCCCAGGUCAUAUGACAGAGAGGCGGAAGACGGUUAUCAGGUGAGUAAGAUUCUUGCUUCCCCUUUACGGUCCCCCCUACCAGUAUGAGA